UUGAGUUUUCUGUAGACAUUGGGGGCCAAUAAGAGCUGGUUUCAACUCAGUUAGACACAGUUUCACAAGGCUGACCAUAUCACAGGCCUAUAGCACUUUCAGCAGUUCAUUUUCAACCACUGUGUUUUUCCUCUGGAUUAUUCACAUAACUAGAGACUUGCCUUGACCCAGUGUGGUCCCUUAAAAUGCUGCUUGCCGUCACAGUGGAAUAGAAGAGUACUUUGGACUAUUUUAUGCAGAGAAUUUAUAGACUGUGCCAGAAAGAGAGAGAGAGAGCUUUGUAAACACCUGGAGCUAUGGCACCUGCUGUUGGAGGUCCUGUGGGCUACACCCCUCCUGAGGGGGGCUGGGGUUGGGCCGUGGUGGUUGGCGCCUUUAUUUCUAUUGGUUUCUCCUACGCCUUCCCAAAGUCCAUCACUGUGUUCUUCAAGGAAAUUGAAGUGAUCUUUGAUGUCAAUAGCAGUCAAGUGUCCUGGAUCUCUUCCAUCAUGCUUGCUGUCAUGUAUGGAGGAGGUCCUGUCAGCAGUAUCCUGGUCAAUAAGUAUGGAAGUCGGUCCGUUAUGAUUUUAGGAGGCUGUCUCUCAGGAGCAGGGCUCGUCGCUGCCUCUUUCUGCAAUACUCUUGAGGGCUUGUACUUCUGUGUUGGUGUUUUAGGAGGUCUGGGACUGGCAUUCAAUCUCAACCCAGCUCUCACAAUGAUCGGAAAAUACUUCUACAAAAGACGCCCGAUAGCUAAUGGUAUCGCUAUGGCUGGUAGCCCAGUCUUCUUGUCUACUCUGGCUCCUUUAAACACUUGGUUCUUUGAAUAUUUCGGCUGGAGAGGGAGCUUCUUGAUUCUGGGUGGACUUCUGCUCAAUUGUUGUGUAGCUGGAUCACUGAUGAGGCCAAUUGGGCCAAAACCCCAACCUGCUGUUAAAGCUGCUAAUAGUAACAACAGAGCUAGAGAGCAAAAGACCAUGAUAGAGAUCAUCAAUGGCUUUAUCGAUCUGACACUCUUCAAGCAUCGUGGCUUCUUGCUUUACCUAUUGGGUAAUGUGGUCAUGUUCUUCGGCCUCUUCACUCCUCUUGUGUACCUCAGUAAUUACGCCAAGAGUAAAGAAAUUCCCAAGGAGAACGCAGCUUUUCUGCUCUCUGUCCUGGCCUUUGUAGAUAUGGUUGCACGGCCUUCAAUGGGAAUGGUCGCCAACAUGAAAUGGGUGAGACCAAGAGUGCAGUACUUCUUCGCCGCAGCUAUUUUCCUUAAUGGUGUGUGCCACCUGCUUGCCCCUCUGUCCACAGACUACUUAGGGUUUGUGAUUUACUCUAUUUUCUUUGGGUUUGCCUAUGGCUGGCUGAGCUCAGUGCUGUUUGAGACUCUCAUGGAUCUCGUAGGGGCUCAACGUUUCUCCAGUGCUGUGGGACUGGUGACGAUUGUGGAAUGUGGGCCAGUGUUACUGGGGCCUCCUCUACUAGGGAAGUUCAACGACAUCUACCAUGACUACAAGUAUACUUACAUGGCCUGUGGAUUUGUCCUGCUGGUUGGCAGUUUGUUUCUCUUCAUCGGAAUGGGCAUCAACUACAGACUGCUGCAUAGAGAGGCAAAAGAGGAAUCCAAAAGAGCCAAUCUGCAGGAGGAACCUGGCAAAGUUGAAGAUGCACUGAAAGCACCCAAUAACAACACUGCAGAGUAUGCAUGCAAAAACCAUUCAACUUCAAACUGUUGGUGCCCCCAAGAGCUCAUUUGAAUCAAGUGUAUGCAGUGAAGCCUCAGGAAACAGGCUUUGAAGAAAACGGG